AUCAGUCCGAGUGAAUGGUGGGAUUUUAUCUUGCCUGAAUUGCAUUUAUUAAUUAUUCCAUUUGCGCUAAUAUAUUAAUCUUUUUACAUUAAAAUAUUCCUUGGUACUCCGUGUUCCUGAAGAAUGGACGCUGAUUCAGGAUCACAACUUAGAGUGCAGACUUAAAGAUAUAUUUCAGUCUGAUUUACAUUGAUUGUUUCUGUUUAAAAGGGCAAGUAGCAUAGAGUUUUAUCAUAAUUUCCCCAUUAUCAAGUUCUUCAGUGAGAAUCUUAUCUCACGGCCCUGAGCUUUCGGGCAACACUGGGAGCACUACCCAAGUUGAAAACAUGAAUCUCCGUGUGUCCACUGGUGCCCACCCACCAAGAUGGCUCCUUUACGGGGCAGCACUCGAUAUUUGACUUGAAGUUAUUUACAUGCCUGGAUUUUAACGUGUCCUGAGGUGAACCGCACAAAUUCAUCGACAGUGAGUCGUGCUUUGAAAAAUCGAGAAAGAGUAUGGUGUGUGAUACUUGAACGAGAAGAAAGAGGAUUAGUUGGAAAUCGCGCGAGACGACCGGCUGGCGUGCCAGACAGCACCAGACAGCUCGGUAGAGAGUAAUAAUAUCCGUACUUUCUUCAUACGAGCGGCCCAAUUUCUAAGAUAAACAGUGCCAUUCCAAACCACUAUUGCUCACAGCUGUGCUAAAAAUUGUAAACAUAACAAUUAACCAUAAACAUAGCAUUUAAUAUCCUGGACAUCAUAAUUAAUAAUAUAUAGCGAUGUCAUUUUUCACUUGUGAUUAUUAGUAGCUGUUAAGAAAGGUAUAUCAUAAAAGAUACAUACGAUACAAUUGACUGGCUUUCAUAUGUAUAUGUUUGCAAACUUGCAAUAGGAAUAAUCAAUGAAUUUAAUAACCUGUAAUGUUAUACAAACAUUUGAAAAGACAUAGAAAUAGUAAAGACGAAUGAGAUAGAACAUCUCGUUUCUUUUUUCUUGAAGGCAAUGUUACCAAAAGAGAUCUGCAUUGAUUUUUAUAUGAAACUUUAAAUAAUGAAAUUGUCAGGUGGUUAAUGUAAGGUUUUUGUUUUUUUUUUGACAAAAUAAAGUCUUUAAAAUUGGAAGUAUACUCUCGUCAGGCAAAGUAUGUCAGGAUGUUCUGAGUAAGGUCAAUGCAUGAAGUUGCACAAGUACAGUAAUUCAUAUCUUUGACCCUUAAAUUUCUAACUUUGGCUCGGGCACUAUUUCGAAAAUGGCACGAAAAUCUGAUAAUGUCAAGAGUAUCAACGUCGCCGUUGUCGGCCUCUCUGGGACAGAAAAAGACAAAGGUCAGGUCGGCGUUGGCAAGUCCUGUCUCUGCAACCGUUUUAUGCGUUCCCUUAGCGAUGACUAUAAUGUAGACCACAUUUCCGUUCUGUCACAGUCGGACUUCAGCGGUCGCGUCGUGAACAACGAUCACUUUUUGUAUUGGGGAGAAGUGAUGAAGUCGACAGACGAUGGGACGGAUUUUCAAUUUCAAGUAAUUGAACAUACAGAAUUUAUCGACGACGCCUCCUUCCAGCCAUUCAAGGGUGGAAAAAUGGAGCCGUAUUCCAAACGAUGCGCAGCUACAAAAAUUACCAGCGCUGAGAAGCUCAUGUAUAUUUGCAAAAAUCAGCUUGGCAUUGAGAAAGAAUAUGAACAGAAAGUCUUACCUGACGGGAAGUUGAAUAUCGAUGGCUUUCUAUGUGUCUUUGACGUGAGCGUUGUGCCCAACCGGUCAAUUGAGAAGCAAGUUGAAAUUGUGGCGAAUAUUUUGAACAAUCUGAUGAAGACCAAGAAACCGAUGGUGCUGGUGACGACGAAAAACGAUGAUGCUAACGAACAAUACGUGAAAGAAGCGGAAAAGCUUGUGAUGCGAAAGGAGUACAAAGGCUCGAUCUUGAUGGUUGAGACUUCCGCCCAUGAGAAUAUCAAUAUCGACGUGGCCUUUAUGCUGCUUGCGCAAUUGAUUGACAAAACAAAAAUGCGCAGCAAGGUUACAGCAUUCGCUGAAGCGGCCAAAGCCAGGAAGGAACUUUUGGACGCUUCGACGGAAUCAUUACAGAGGCUUAUUCGGAUACAUGUUACCGAUUAUCGUGCGCUGUGGUCUCAAGCGUCGAAGAAACUCGCACAGCACAAAGAAUUUACAACCUUUGUUGAACUAUUUGGUAUUGAUGAGACUCAGAGACUAUUCAGGAGACACAUUAAAAAGUUAAAGGACGAGCAAGUAGCAAAGAAGAUUCAGGGAUACUUAGAUAUGUUACCAGAUGUACUGCACGAAAUAUGUCCAGAUAUAUCCAAUCUGAUAAACGAGGAAUGGUCAAUUGUACAGCAGUAUAUAAAGGAACAUCCAGAUUUUCAUCAGUACUUUUACGAAUGUCCUGAGGAUAUACCCUGGAUUGAUUAUGAUUUUGGUGAGAACAAUAGCUCAAAGAUACCCUACGAUGUCUUAGAGACACCAGAAGCAGAAACAGUAUUUAAGAACCAUGUGAAUGCUUUGCAACAAGAGCAACGUAGACUCGAACUUCCAAAAAGAUGGAAAAAGCAGUUCAAGCAAUUGCUGGAAGAGACUGGUUAUGUAACACCAGGAAAACACUUGUCUGAAGUGAGAGUGCUGUUCAUGGGUCGCGAAUGUUUUGAAGCUUUGUCACUUCAUGAUUGUCAAAAGAUUUAUGAUCAGCAUCAGAAGGAGAUCAUUGAAAAGGCGAAACAUAACUUUCAGGAGUUGCUACUCGAGCAUGCGGAUCUGUUUUAUCACUAUAAGAGCAUAGCUCCGUCCGGAACCAUUACUCAGGACGAUAUCAAGGAGAUCACUGACGCUUUGGUCGAUGACUUCAGGUACAAGGCUCUAGACAGAUUGGAUCAAGAUCGAAAGUUAAUGCUCUUUCAGCACUUAGGAUUCGUACAUUGUCCAAUUCGAGAGCACUGCCCGGCGUUUCCUAAUUGUAUGGAUGCCUUGAUAGAGCGAAUACUGGGAACGAAAGCACACAGGCCUUCAUCGUGGAAUCAUAGUAGCCAGUGGCAAUUGACUUCAGAUAAUAAUCAGCUGAAUUUAGUAAUUCUCGGUAGUAAUGGACUCAGUGAAGAAUUUGCGCGUGAGAUCAAAGCUCAAGCUGAGGAUGAUGAAGUUGAAAUCGACUGUCAAUUAUAUACUCUUGGUUACCGGGUGAUUGACGGCGAUGUCAGUUUACCACACAAUUCAUUCACCACAUCGGACUUCAUGCCGCAUGGUUCUUUCUGUAUCUAUUCUAAUGAAGACACUUUUGAGUACAUACGGUCCUCCUUGGAGAAGACGCUCUUAUCGAAUCUCGAACAGGAAGACAGGUUACCCUUUCAGGGGCUGCCGAUAGUUAUUAUGUUUGUACCGGAUUCCAAUAUUGAUGAGAUGGAAGCCUUGAGACUCCGGGAAGAGGGACAGAAUCUCGCUGAUAGUUUGCAGUGUCCUUUCAUCGAUGUCUGCAUGGAGGAUUUAGAGCAGGACAAGCGAUUUCCAACCCCGUUGGUGAAGGACGCUUUGCAGCAGCUUAUACAGUCCAUUAAUCAUCGGGCCGGUUUCCUUAAUAUUUAUCAGAGCGUCAUAGAGUGUCUAGAACCAGACAUAAGUUUAUUUCUACCGCGCAGGAUAAUUAUGUGCAUGUUUUGCGGGGACCCGUACUCAGUAGAAAAUGUACUUGGUCCUUUGCUCAGUCAUCAAUGCUGCUUUUUAAGUGGCGACAGAUCCAUUGUCCUGGAAACGUUUUUGGGAGAAUCAAAGCGACGGGUCGAGGUCAUAAUUUCAAGUUUCCAUGGGGCUAAUGCAUUUCGUGAUGAACUGGUACACGGUUUCAUUCUCGUAUACUCGACCAAAAGAAAAGCAUCCCUGGCAACAUUAAACGCAUUCUCAAUGAAUAUUCCUAAUUUACCUAUUCAAAUAAUGGCCGUAACGGACACAGGUGGAGCAAACGCCUUUUUCAGCAAUGACCUGAGUCACUUACUCAUUACGGAAGGCAAUGCAACGGCUGAUAGAUUACAAGCACACUUUAUGACUUCCGCUUCGAGUUGUCAACAAAAAACGGCAUUCUAUACGCCGUUCUUCAAAGAGGUGUGGGAGAAGAAACCGGAAAUCGAGCAGGCGUUCAAUAUGGAGGAACCUGGAAAUCUAAAUGACAGCGGAGAAGGAACUCUGGAAUAUUCAGCUUUGCAUCCGAUGCCCCCACCUAGACAUGAAAGUUAUCAUUUACAAACUCCGGACGACGGCAGUAUGUCCGUCACUUUUAGGAGUGGAUCUGAGUCCUACGAGCAGCUAACUCCUGAUGGUGACCUCGGCGAGACAGGACUGAAUGAACAGUUUGCCGACAGUCGGGCCACACCCAGUGAUGACAGCGAUAUUUACAGUCAGGUGGAUUUCCAUCGUGAGGAAAGAGAGCGAGAAUUGCUGAAGAGUGGUGAUAUAGCUAAUAAAUUAUCUGGCUGGGUGAAAGAUACGUUUAUGCAUCAAGAUGGAGUCACGAACAGCUAUUCCCAUCGAGCUUUCACUACUGGAAGACGGCAUAUUUCCCAAGCGAAGCCAAGACCCAAGGGAAAUAGUCAGACGCUCAAGCAACCUGGAAAAAUAAAUUUGAAGGAUUUUUCCAAUGUAACUGAUGCCAUAGCCAGGAUGACAAUUGGCGAAAAAGAAGAACAUGGCUCAAAAAUGAGUAUAGGUCAUGCACCUCUAGCCACACCGGAGCUGGUCGAUCUGGGUUCGGAAUAUGCUCAGGUUAAGGAUGCUGUACCAAACCUCUACUCGUCAUACGAUGGAGAUUACAUGUACACGCUCGUACAGGAUUCUAUUGGAAACAAUAAGUCAAAAUUGAGACAUCGUCGUGAAAAAGGACAGCCUUCCUAUAGUGACUCGGAUUCCGAUUGGAGUUCUCUAGAGAGACAGAGAAUCUCUGACGUCUUAGGUAAGAUGAAUAAGAAACCGUCAACGCACAAGCGAACACGCAAGAAACGAACGGCGAUACCAGUGGCGACACCGAAGGUGCCGUCGCUUGCGAGUAUGACCAGCGGUGACGGUAUCGUCGGUUUGAAUUACACUAUGAAGGAUGACAAGAGUUGGCGAAUGGAUCCCGCUGAAAGAGACUCUGGGCUUUAUCGCCUCGUGUCGUCUUACCCGGCAGUGUCCAGCGAAACACCGGACAGUUCGGAGUCGAGCGACCCCGAGCACAUCUCCAGGACCAGAUCAAAACAACACAAGCACGUCGCCAUCAGCUUGAGAAAAAGAUUCGGGAAUUCGCUACAGCAGCAACAUUUAGCCUCGACCAUUCAGCAUCCGUUUAAUUUGAAGCACAUGACGCAGGAGAUGUUCAGCACAUCCUGUAAGUGUACUCUAGCAGCCAAGCAGCGGAUCGACAGUACCUUUGGAAAUCUCCCGGAUGAUGAGUCUAGUCUGGACGUGUCUUCUCCGCGGGAGAUCAAUUCACCAAGCUUUGGCAUUCUCACCAAGGGUAAGGACAGUGACAAGCUAACGAGAAAAAAGGAUAAGCAGAAGGCUAAGGAGGAUGAGAAACAAGAGAAGCGAAGACAGAAAGAAGAAAAGCUGAAGAAGGAGCGUGAGAAGAAGAAACAGGAGAAGAUGAAGCAGACAAAAGGUGCCGGUGGUACGACGUCUGGACAGGGGCAGCAGCAGCAACAGCAGCAGCAACAACCUCUUAUCGAGGAUUUCGCACAGAGCGAGACUAAUCGAAUACCUUUGUUCUUGGAGAAAUGCGUACGCUUCAUCGAGGAGGAGGGUUUGGAUUCUGAAGGGAUAUACAGGGUGCCUGGUAACCGAGCGCACGUGGAAUUGCUCUUCCAGAAGUUUGAAGAAGAUGGCAACGUGGAUAUACAUUCCCUGGAUAUACCUGUGAACGCGGUUGCCACGGCACUGAAGGACUUCUUCUCCAAGAGAUUGCCGCCGCUCAUCGAUAAAGAGCGCAUGAGCGAACUUGAGGAUAUUUCUGGCGCACGUGGCAUCAGCAAACCAAUGUCAGCGACAUGCAUGAAUAUGGAAGAUCGUAGCUGCAGAUUACUCGCCUUGCGUCUUAUGCUCAACAAAUUGAAUCCAGUAAAUUUCGAUGUGCUCAAGUUUAUCUUUCAGCACUUCGUGAAAGUUGCGGAGAACUGCAAGCUAAAUAGCAUGGACAGUAAAAAUCUGGCUAUAUGCUGGUGGCCGACAUUGCUGCCAAUAGAAUUUAACGACCUCGGUAGAUUCGAGGCGAUGAGGCCAUAUCUGGAGGACGUUGUGCAGACGAUGAUCGACCAAUAUCCCUUCCUCUUCUGCGACAAGGAGGCCAUCGUAAUGGUCUAGUGACGAAUGACGAUCUCGUGAGCUUUCAAGCGAUGAAAGUGAACGUGAUUUACGUGAUAACAUUUUAUUUUCCUAAGCUGUAUUAUUCAGCCUGAGAAAAUGUCGACAGGCAAUUCGAGAGUAGCAGAUCUUACGUACGUCCGUCGUUCUAUCGUGUUUACGAUAACGCAUAAUACAUGGUCUCAUUUUAUUAGGUUAUAAACAAUGCUUUAGUCGAGCGCGUUUAUCGUUAGGUUAGGAUAGGUUUAGUCAACGAAUUACAAAGGAAACAUCAAGUUCUGCUCUCUUGUUUAUUUCUUCCAUUUAUUUCUUAUCUUUCUUUUGUGUUCCAAUCGCACGAAAGUGAGCGACGGCGAGAGUUUAGCAUUUUAAAGAGAAGAUGAAAGGAAAAGAACAGAAUCAAUACAUCAAUCCAUCAAUCCAUCAAUCCAUCAAUCCGUGUCAUUCGUACGAUGAUCUUGUUGUGUGAAUGUCUCUCAUGUUGGGUGUAUCGGGAGCGGGGUGUGUAUUUAUUAAUCAGUACGGUCAGUUGACCUGCUACUAGACGAUAGUCGAGAUUUGGACUAGUAUAAACAAAAAUCGAUGUUUCUCUUCUGUUUAUCUCUAAAAAAAAGUCUCUCUGCGUGCGAUGAGACAGAUCAAGAGAGGGCUGAGUGAACUGGUUGGAUUGGCUGGAAAGUACAGGCUGAUUGAAUGAAUAUUAAUCACUCCAAGCACAGUUAGCCUCGGUUACUGUUAAGGCGUUACAAGUAAAUCACCCAUAAGAAACAUAUUAGGCCGUUGUGUGCUGCGUUAACUGGGAAAGCAGAAAAGCAGGAAAGCGAGACGAAAAGAAGUGUGCGUGUAUGUUCGGAGGAGGGAAGGAUUGUAGGUUUUAGGAAGAGUGAAUCAUUAAAAUUACAACGAUAGAAAAUUGUGGCAAUGGAAAAUGGCUAGUUGUUUUAUCCUAGUUGUGCCAUGGUUUGUAUAAUUCGGUGUUGCGUUCGUAAUUGCUGUAUGCCUCUGAGGAUUGAACUGAGAUAAAAGAAACUCUCUUGCAGAAAGUUAGUUUCCACAGAAGGAGAAGACGAUAGAAGACAGACAAGGCUGCAGGGAAGUCGUAUUGGAGUCCUCGGUGUUUCAUUAUUCGCGAUCGAGAAGUUAUGUACGUGUCGGUCGCGCGUGUGUGUUUCUCAUAUUUGUAAAGCGAUAAAUAUUAUAACAGAUAGCAUAUUAUCACAGGAUCGGUAUCCUUUGGGGUUGAUCAAUCUCGAUUCCAUUCGGAUCACAGAUUUUCCCAUAUUAGGUGUAACGAAGUUUUAUACAUUCGUACGUACGUAAUGGUAAUGUUAUCAUAGGAAAUUCGUUUUAUAGACGGGUUGGCCAUUGUAAUUCUACCUGGUAGACUGUUUUCACCUAGUUUGAGAUAAAUCAUUUUUUUCUUCUAAUCGUGCACCCACCCCUCGGUCAACCCUUAAUCCAACCGCAGUAUUACUUGCUUCUUUCCUAAACAGCAAAAUCCAACGGCGGCCUAUAAUAUGCUCGACAGGAAAGUCGUCGCGAAGUUACUUCUACUCGUCAGAAUAUUGUGUAUGUACAGUUGAUAGCACCCAGGAAAUGUAGUACUGCGUCGGCGUCGUUCGUUACUCCCUCACUGGCUCGUUCAAUGAGUAACUACGUUUACACGGCGCUCCUAAACCGCUUUAUUUAAUGCUGAUCUAAAGGAAUUGAUCAAUCCCAAAUAUAUCUUAGAAGCAGAAACGUCUGUGAUUUGUCAUUUCACUCGUUUCCUUUAGAUCAAUGCUAACUAAACCGGUUUAAGACGUUAUCGUUCCUGUCACGCGUGACCUAUGUAUCCCCCAGGUGGGAUCUUUUGACUGGUUGAAAAGGUGAGAAAGGUAAUAUCUCACUUAGUCACGUGCAUCAAUUAGAUAAUUAGAGAAAACAUGGAGGAAUAUCGCUAGCUGGACCACUUGAAACACCUUUAUUCUCUGUUCAUAUUGGUAUUAUUACUUAGGAGGACGAGAAAGAGGGAGGGAGAGGGAGGGAGAGAGAGAGAGAGAGAGAGAGAGAGAGAGAGAGAAGGAGCUUUGAGAGAAUGUGCUCGGAAAAGAGAGUGCGGGUGUCUGUUCUGGCUUUUAUCAAAGAACAAAAGAAGGAGAGUUUUGGUCGUCAGCUAUGCUUGAAAUCCUGAUGGUCACAUGGAUCACCGUGAAAUUGAAUUGAAAAAAUAAAGAGUCGAAGCGAUGAGCGUCGCGAAAGGUCGGAAUGAAAAGUUUGUUAUUAACACAUCUUGCGCGGGCACUUUGCCGCCAAAGUCUUACCGUGUAGCGGCCGAUUUUUUACAUUUCGGACGUAAAAUUCCUUCUGCAUAAACUAGCUGUAGUUUUUAAAUAUUAGGUUUUUUUAAUGAAACUUUUAGUUUCUCUUUAAAAAUCAAUUUCUUUAUUCCCUUUAAAAAAAAUAAAAAAAAAACGACUUUGGUCGCUUCCCGCCCAAGAUGUGUUGAGCUGAAAGGUGAUUCGCAGUGUUACUCGAUAGCCCUUAGUCGCUGUACCGUAUGUGCGUGCCGCGUGCGCGUGCCGCGUGCGCGUGUGCACGUAUAAUGAGAAAGAGGAAGAAGAAAGAAUGACGCCGUUCGAUGAUGUAUGUACAAUUGCGGAUGUCGUUAUUUUUAUUCUUUAUAAUGGGACGAAGUAGCCAGGGUCUGUAUAGUGGAUCGUGAGCUGCAGGUUUUAAAGCAAGAUUAUUCAUUACGAAUUGGGGACUAUAAAUUUCUGUAAAAUUGAAAAUAUGUGCAGUAUUAGGGCUUUUUAGAUAAUGAUGAUGAUGAUGAUGACGAUGAUGAUGAUGAUAAUAAUUCUAAUAAUACUUAUACUUUAGUUUCUACUGGCGCAUUCAUGCAUACGCAUAUAUAACCUCUAUGUGGUAACUAUGCCUAUGCGUGUUGCGUGCACGACGAAGUGCCGUGAACCGGGUGUGUCGGGCCAAUAUUCUUUCUCGCUCUGAUAAGGAGACGGGAUUUAUGAGGUAACAUUUUAAAAAGUCGACUGUCAGCGAUCGAGCUCGCACGCGUGCGAGCGUAUCUGUUUGUACCGGGUGUGUGCUAGUAAAAGGGAAAAGAGGAAGGGUGCGUGAGAAAAUAAGAAUAUAAAUACAAAGGAACAAAGGAAGAGCCAAAUUGUCAAUUGGAGAAGCACAAAAUCUCUUAUUCGGAGUAAGCCGAGUUUAAGGCUAUAGCCGCGUAUAUACGUAUAUAUGUGGGUGUACGAAGAGAAGUUGUAAUAGGGUGUCUAAAUGGUGAGAGGCGAGGUGUGGCGGAGGAUGAGACAAUUCGAAUUUGAAAAUACUGCUCCUCCCCACCUCCAUCCCUCCAUCCCUCCCCCCAUCUCCUCUCAUCCAGUCAUUCUACCAAGCCCUCGAGAACUAAUUAUAACUAUGCUUUUUAAUGUGUAUAUAUUGUUGCUUACGUUCGGCCGCCAUGUAUAUCAGGCUGCGAAUAUUAUAAUAUUAAAGAUACGAGCGUGAGAAUAUCGAUGGAUAAAGAGCGUCGAGUUUACGAGCUGCUUCGUUUUCGAAGGCGACGCGUUAUUCAAUUUCAAAGAAACUAAUCACUUUCGAUGCUUCAAUCCAUAUCGAGUUCUGUCCUACGGAUAACGUUAGCAACGUUGUUCGAGCCAUGCGGAAGAUUCGCAAACUUUUCAUCGCCUCUUCUACUUCACCUUGAAAGUUCCCCCUUGUCGAACCUAUUAAUUCAGGACUUUCUCUGUUUUACACGCUCGUUAAUAUACCUAAGGAAACUUACUGAACGCAUCUCCGUGGACGCGAGGCACGAUGUCCUGGCUGGGCGUCGUUGCUUUGCUGGCUCUUUUCAUUUCUUCCCUUUCUCUCUCUCGCGCGCGCGCGCGCGCUUCCCCUGUCCGUUUCGUUGUCUGUGAAAUCGCGCCGCUGCUGCGAAUCUUCGACGUUGCGCUCAACGACGAUCUAAGACAUCGGGACGCCAUCGCGAAUACGUCGCUCUCCCGUUCCUUUCUUCAAUUUCGAGUCUCGCUUUAGCGUCCCGAUACAAUAGCAAGUAAUCCAUCUUGGCUUUGCUCUACGAUCGCCGAGUACUACUUCCAUUUUCUCUGUCUUAUUCCCAGCGCAUUAUCGAAAUGAAUGCGAUGUAUCGAGAAUUGAAUGUCGAUGGCGAAUUUAUUGAACGGAUUACUCUGCGACCGUGAGCAGCCACUUCCUAACGAACAGAUUCUAACUCUCUGAAAGCCGAAUAAACGAAUGCAUUGCGCCUAUGGAGGUUUUAAAAGACAGUCGACAGAUAUUAACAACAAAAAAAAAACAGUUUUACGCAUAAUACACAUGAUACAUUUAUACAAAUUAUGUACAUGCACACUUACUCAGGCACUCACAGACUACACAUCCAUACGUGCAGAGAAUUAAAUGAAUCGAGCACACAUACUCACAGAGACAAAUAUCGGUGUCCAAAAAGUAUUUAAAAAUAAAAAUCGUCUUUAUGUACAAUUUGAA